AUGGCCAGUGGUAACCAAAAAAUCUUCGAUCAUGUUGGAAAUCGUAUUAUUCUGGACUUGGAACGUAAUGAUCAUCUAGUCAGUCAACAAUUUCGUCAUAGUUAUCAAGUACCCGGGGCAAACUUAAUCGAUGAAUUUAGGGACGAUGAUUCUCCUCAUAUACCUUGUUACUAUCAUGGUCAGGUUCGUCAGAAUAGACAAUUGCAUGAUUAUGUGGCAAUUUCUGCUUGCAAAGGCCUGGAAGGAACUUUUCAGCUAGAUCGGCAACGUUAUGAAAUAGAGCCAUUAGACGAUUUGAUUCACGUUGUCUACAAAGCUUCUAUCAAUGAUGAAAUCAAGGAGGAAAUAUUCAGUAGCAAACUUGAUUCAAUACCGAAUGGAUUGAUGGAUAGGAGAAAAAUAGCAUUGAAGAACGACAUGAUUCCAGCACUGAACCCGCUUGCAAAUAAAAAACUGCUUUCUCAGGCUGAGAAAUCGCAAUUGGAAGUCUUAGUGAUAUCGGACCUAGAUGUGUACAAAAAUCAAUAUCGCCGAAAGUUUGGCAAGAUACGUCCAGAAGUGCUAAGUACCAUGAAUAGAGUUGCAUUGGAAUACAAGCCUCUGAAUUUGGUAGUCAUCGUUGGUAAGAUCAUUUCGUGGACCAAAAAAGAUUGGAUUAGCAAGAAAGAUUCAUUUAAAUUGCAAAGUAUAAAGUUGAAUCGUCGUUUGCGCCGCAAGUACAAAACGACAGACAUUCCUUUCGAUGCGAUAAUAGUCUUGUCAACAACAGCACGCUUUCAAGCUAAUUCCCCCGGUUCCAGUGUUGCUGGAAAAUCCUUGUUUAAAAUAUGCGGUUUUCCCUAUUCUAUCCGUGCGGUGGAAUAUAUAGAGUUUAAGCGAAAUCCUUUAGAAGAUGCGUUUAUCAUCACCCAUGAACUCGGCCACUCGCUUAACUUAACUCAUCAACUAUCCACUCGUGAGUGUGAUCAUCCACCAUGUAUCAUGGCAUCCCGAUACGACCCAAAUGAACCUUAUCCUACUCAUUUCUCGAAAGCUAAUCAACGCAAUUUUAUACAGUAUAAUAUUAAGUCUAUGAUUUCUAUUCAUUUUUUACACGAGCAAUGUCCACAGUGUUUUUGUUUGCGUUAUUCCUAUAAGAGUUACGAAAAGCCAUCCAAAGGAUAG